GUCGGCGCCGAAGGAGGUGCUGGAGGCCGAUGGCCGGGCCUGGGGCGGCCUUGCCUCUGCGGGAGGAGAAUGGCUGCAGCAGCCGGCGCCAGAGCACCUCCAGCGCUGGGGACUCGGACGGGGAGAAGGGGGACCCCGCCUCGGGCCGGGCCCGGCGGCAGCUGGAAGGGCUCCUCAACAAGAACAUGCGGAUCCGCAUGACGGACGGGAGGACCCUGGUGGGCUGCUUCCUCUGCACCGACCGCGACUGCAACGUUAUCCUCGGCUCCGCGCAGGAGUUCCUCAAGCCCUCGGACUCGUUCUCAACCGGCGAGCCACGGGUGCUGGGCCUGGCCAUGGUCCCUGGCCAUCACAUCGUGUCCAUCGAGGUACAACAAGAAACCCAGGCCGGGACCCCCUACCUGUGAGCCGACCCUCCCUCCCUCCUUCCCUUCCUCCCUCUCACUCCAUUCCGGCUGUGGGACAGGGAGAGAGACCAACCCCUUCCAGUCUCGGAUUAAAUCCUCUUCCAGAAUUGAGGCAGCCGCUGCUUCU